AUGCCUAGCAGCGAGGCGGUGCCGCUGGGGCUGGGUGCCUGCCGCAGGUCGGGGGCGCUGACCGGGAUGCUGGCAUUGGUGGCGCGGCUGCUGGACUGGCUGCGCUCGCUAUUCUGGAAGGAGGAGAUGGAGCUCACCCUGGUGGGGCUGCAGUACUCGGGCAAGACCACGCUGCUCACCGUGCUAGCGUCGGGGCAGUUCACAGAAGAUAUGAUUCCUACGGUAGGCUUCAAUAUGAGAAAAAUAACAAAAGGAAAUGUUACCAUAAAGGUAUGGGACAUUGGAGGACAACCAAGGUUUCGAAGCAUGUGGGAGCGUUAUUGCAGAGGAGUCAAUGCAGUUGUUUACAUGGUGGAUGCAGCAGACUUGGAAAAAGUAGAAGCUUCAAAGAAUGAGCUGCACAGUUUGAUAGAUAAGCCACAACUGCAUGGAAUUCCAGUGUUAGUCCUUGGAAAUAAAAGAGACCUUCCAGGUGCACUGGAUGAAAAGCAGUUAAUUGAGAAACUAAACCUCUCAGCUAUUCAAGACAGAGAAAUCUGUUGCUAUUCUAUUUCCUGUAAAGAGAAGGAUAACAUUGACAUAACAUUACAAUGGCUUAUUCAGCACUCCAAAUCAAGACACUGUUGA